UAUAAAUAUAAAUAUAAAUGUCGUAACAUUUUAUCCCAUUUCCUUCUUCCUCCCUCUUCGCCGGACCACGCCUUCUCUCUAUCUUUCUCUGUUUUUUUUUUCUCUGCAACUCAAUCGAUUAGUUUCGCUUUCGACUUUGUUUCAAUUAGGUUUUGGAGCUGGCAAGUUCCGCAACUACCUUUGUCUUCCGUUGUUGAGAUUUUUUCCUCCUUUUGUUUUGGCGCUCCAGCCAUCAAUUCAGGAAUCAUGGCUAGGGUUCUGGCUCAGUCUAUUAGUAUGCCUGGCCUGCUGAGUGGGCAAAGGCAUGAUCAGCAUAAGGGAUCAGGAAAACUAAAAAGAUCUGUCAAAAUGAUGAGUAGCUUACGAGUGCCUGCAUUAAGAAUGUCUGGUUUCUCUGGAUUACGUAGUCUUAAUACUUUGGAUUAUCUGUCGAGGCCACGACAAAAUUUCCACUCCAAGAUGUUGACUACAACUUCUUCUCGCCGCGAAAGGGCGAAACGAUGUGUACCUAAAGCAAUGUUUGAGCGUUUCACGGAAAAAGCAAUAAAAGUAAUUAUGUUAGCUCAGGAGGAAGCAAGACGGCUGGGUCACAAUUUUGUUGGAACGGAACAGAUUCUAUUGGGUCUUAUUGGUGAAGGCACUGGUAUUGCUGCUAAGGUUCUGAAGUCAAUGGGAAUUAACCUUAAGGAUGCUCGAGUAGAAGUGGAAAAGAUAAUUGGAAGGGGUAGUGGAUUUGUUGCAGUUGAGAUUCCAUUUACUCCCCGCGCGAAGCGUGUUUUGGAGCUCUCACUGGAGGAGGCUCGCCAACUUGGUCACAAUUAUAUUGGAUCUGAGCACUUGCUUCUUGGUCUUCUUCGAGAGGGUGAGGGUGUAGCAGCACGUGUUCUUGAAAAUUUGGGUGCUGAUCCAAAUAAUAUUCGUGCUCAGGUUAUACGCAUGGUUGGUGAGGGUGCUGACAGUGUUGGAGCUACUGUUGGCCCUGGAAGUAGUAAUAACAAUAAGAUGCCAACUUUGGAGGAGUAUGGCACCAAUUUGACUAAGCUAGCAGAAGAGGGAAAAUUGGAUCCUGUUGUGGGUAGGCAGCCACAAAUUGAACGUGUCACUCAAAUUUUGGGUCGCCGAACCAAAAAUAAUCCAUGUCUUAUUGGAGAACCUGGUGUUGGGAAGACAGCUAUUGCUGAAGGCCUUGCCCAAAGGAUUGCAAAUGGUGAUGUUCCUGAAACAAUAGAGGGAAAGAAGGUUAUAACCCUUGAUAUGGGUCUACUGGUAGCUGGAACUAAAUAUCGAGGAGAAUUCGAGGAGAGAUUGAAGAAACUAAUGGAGGAAAUUAAACAAAGUGACGAGAUAAUACUUUUUAUUGAUGAAGUGCAUACUUUAAUUGGAGCUGGAGCAGCUGAGGGGGCAAUUGAUGCUGCAAACAUAUUAAAACCAGCUCUUGCCAGAGGUGAACUACAGUGUAUAGGAGCCACAACACUGGAUGAAUAUAGGAAGCACAUUGAAAAGGAUCCAGCUCUGGAGAGGCGAUUCCAGCCAGUUAAGGUGCCAGAGCCAACUGUGGAUGAAACCAUACAAAUACUGAAAGGACUUAGAGAACGCUAUGAGAUUCACCACAAGCUCCGUUAUACAGAUGAUGCUCUUAUAGCUGCUGCACAGCUGUCACACCAAUAUAUUAGUGAUCGAUUUUUGCCCGACAAAGCUAUAGAUUUAAUUGAUGAAGCUGGUUCCCGAGUCCGGCUUCAACAUGCACAGUUACCUGAAGAAGCAAGAGAGCUUGACAAGGAGGUCAGGCAGAUUGUGAAGGAGAAAGAAGAAGCUGUUCGCAAUCAAGACUUUGAGAAGGCUGGAGAGUUACGAGAUAGAGAAAUGGAUCUUAAGACACAGAUAUCAGCACUUAUAGAAAAGGGCAAGGAGAUGAGCAAGGCAGAGAGCGAGGCAGGAGAUGGAGGUCCAUCGGUGACUGAAGUUGACAUACAACAUAUUGUCUCCUCCUGGACUGGUAUUCCUGUGGAGAAAGUCUCAACUGACGAAUCUGAUCGCCUCCUCAAGAUGGAAGAGACUUUACACAAGCGAGUCAUUGGUCAGGAUGAAGCAGUAAAAGCCAUUAGCCGGGCUAUCCGUCGAGCCAGGGUUGGACUGAAGAACCCUAAUCGUCCAAUUGCCAGCUUCAUCUUUUCUGGGCCAACGGGUGUGGGUAAGUCUGAGUUGGCCAAAGCAUUGGCUACAUACUACUUUGGUUCGGAAGAAGCCAUGAUUCGGCUUGACAUGAGUGAAUUUAUGGAAAGGCACACGGUCUCCAAACUCAUAGGUUCACCUCCUGGAUAUGUUGGUUACACUGAGGGUGGCCAACUUACCGAGGCAGUUCGGCCGUACACGGUUGUACUGUUUGAUGAGAUUGAGAAAGCCCAUCCUGAUGUAUUCAACAUGAUGCUUCAGAUCCUUGAAGAUGGAAGACUAACAGACAGCAAGGGAAGAACGGUGGACUUCAAGAACACUCUUCUUAUAAUGACAUCAAAUGUUGGAAGCAGUGUGAUUGAGAAAGGAGGCCGUAAAAUAGGAUUCGACCUUGAUUAUGAUGAGAAGGAUAGCAGUUACAAUCGAAUCAAGAGCUUGGUGACUGAGGAGCUGAAGCAAUACUUUAGGCCAGAAUUCUUGAAUAGAUUGGAUGAAAUGAUUGUUUUCAGGCAACUCACAAAGCUGGAGGUGAAGGAGAUAGCUGACAUAAUGCUGAAGGAGGUGUUUGAUAGACUGAAAGACAAAGAGAUUGAUCUUUCAGUGACAGAAAGAUUUAGGGAGAGGGUGGUUGAUGAAGGAUACAAUCCUAGUUAUGGGGCUAGGCCUCUGAGAAGAGCCAUAAUGCGACUUUUGGAGGACAGCAUGGCUGAGAAGAUGCUUGCCAGAGAGAUUAAAGAGGGUGACUCAGUUAUAGUGGAUGCUGAUUCUGACGGUAAUGUGAUUGUGCUCAACGGGAGUAGUGGUGCCCCAGAGUCCCUAGCAGAAACUCUUCCUGUGUAACGUGUUUGCCUUUGCUGAGUUGUACUUUUUUUUUUUUUUUUUUUUCAUUUAAAAACGUAGUUAUAGUUUGUUUUUGUUGUCAAAGGACCUAAAGCUUUUUUUUAUUGAAUGCUGGUAGUCUCGGGCACGUUUUGACCA